UUUUUUUUUACAGAAACAUGGACAGCAAACAAGCAUAGAGGUAUGUCUGACCAAUUAUUGCCGGAGAAGAACCAGAGGAUCCACAACCAAUAAGUUGUAUUAUUGACUCUUUGGUGCGAGACCUACACACGCAGCAAAACCCAACCAGUGGAAUAAAACCCAGGAGACAACAAUCCCAGCAAGAAUUUACUCUGACCAGUCUUUCUGAGGUGACUGUCAGCUGCAAGGGGUUGAAAGCAUCAUCAACGCAAGCUGAGGAUCAUUGUCAACCAAUGUUUUUCCUUAACACCUGUAUCCACUUUCUACAACCCGUCUGUUAAAACUUCUCUGAAGAAUGAAAAUGCUACCAGCAGCACUUGGCCUCAAGUAAAAAUAUUGGAGAUGCUUCUCUGGUCUGAGUAAAAAAAGGAAACUCCAUCAUGUCAUCUAUACCAGCCAAGCUGAUGGGCAAAACAAGUCCAAAGGGGGAACAGUCCACUCUGACAUUGACUCUGGCCAUGUUAUUUUUUCUGAUAAGCAAACAAAUGGGAAAACAAUCAAAUUCCUUAUUUGUUGCCUUGAUGAAAGUGCUGUUCAGACUUAUGAUAGAUUAUCUUGGUGGCAGUGCUGUCAGUUACUUUCUUAAGAUCUGAGGGAUUUAUUUUUCCUUCUAUGGGUUAGGGUUACAAGUUUAAUGACGCAUCAGCACCCGCAUAGAUAGAGUCAUCAACAAAAGUACCAUUUUAUUAUUAAAAUACAGAUGCAAAAUAGUAACUUUUUUAUUUAAUCUGUUGGUCAUUUUGUCUGCUUUUGCCCCAAUGUUAACCAACAUCAGCCGCAGUGGUCAAAGCCAGCUGAAACUGUUGCAGUCCGGUAGGCUUAUGUGAGGUCAUGAGUCGAAAAGUCCCCUCAGAAGAAGUUUUCUUGCUUAAUGAAACUCCAAGACAUGAAGAUGACUUCAAGCAAAAGGGAAAGGAGAUGUUCCAGAGAACGCUGAGGAGGUGUCUGUUUGGCAUUUUCAGAGGGGCUCAGAAUGCCAGCAAUAGAAGGACCACUCCCUCCACUGACGCCUCGGCCCUCUGCUCAGAAAGCCACACCCAUCUGCACCAGCUCCAUCCACCAGACCAACUCCAGGCUCCUGCCAGCACUGGGAAGCCAGUUGGCUCCUGUCAUGGCCUCCUUGGGGCCAGUAGUGGCAUUCAGGUUGCUGAUGGCACUGCCCCCGGUGUCAGCCCGGUCCUCGCUUGGCACGCCGCCAUUAGUGCUGCUCGCCAAGCACAAGGCGAUACUGCAAAGCAGGACACAUGUUUACAGCCUUCAGUUUGCACCACUGGACCAGCUCCUGUAGGGUCACUGGCACAGAGGAAGAGGCAGCAGUAUGCCAAAAGCAAAAAACAAGGAGGAUCUACCAACAGCCGGCCACCAAGAGCUUUGUUCUGCCUCACACUCAACAACCCGAUCCGCAGGGCCUGCAUCAGCCUGGUGGAGUGGAAACCAUUUGAUGUCUUUAUACUGCUCUCUAUUUUCGCCAACUGUGUGGCCUUAGCCAUCUACAUCCCCUUCCCUGGAGACGACUCCAAUUCUACCAACCAAGAACUGGAAACAGUAGAAUAUGCCUUCCUCAUCAUUUUCACUAUAGAGACAUUUCUGAAGAUUAUUGCCUACGGCCUGGUCAUGCACCAAAACUCCUAUGUCAGAAAUGGUUGGAACCUGCUGGACUUUGUCAUUGUCAUUGUUGGGUUGUUCAGUGUUGUUCUGGAGAUGAUAACCAAAGAUGCUGACUCUGGUGGACAGUCUGGAGGCAAACCUGGGGGGUUUGACGUCAAGGCCCUACGAGCCUUCCGUGUCCUACGACCCCUUCGCCUUGUUUCUGGAGUUCCCAGUUUACAGGUGGUUUUAAACUCCAUUAUUAAAGCCAUGGUUCCCCUGCUUCACAUCGCUCUGCUUGUCCUCUUCGUCAUCAUCAUCUACGCCAUUAUUGGCCUGGAACUCUUCAUUGGCAAAAUGCAUGCCACCUGCUAUGUGAAACAAACAGGUGCCCUUGCAGAAGAAGAGCCCAAACCAUGUGCUGUAUCAGGACACGGUCGCCAUUGUCUGCUCAAUGGUACAGUCUGCAGAGAGGGAUGGCAAGGUCCCAACAAUGGCAUCACCAACUUUGACAAUUUUCUGUUUGCCAUGCUCACUGUGUUCCAGUGCAUCACCAUGGAGGGCUGGACUGAUGUUCUCUACUGGAUGAAUGAUGCGAUGGGCUUUGAGCUGCCUUGGGUUUACUUUGUCAGUCUGGUCAUUUUCGGAUCCUUCUUUGUCCUCAACUUGGUCCUGGGUGUGUUGAGCGGAGAGUUCUCCAAAGAGCGAGAAAAGGCCAAGGCUCGGGGAGAUUUUCAAAAGCUACGUGAGAAGCAACAGUUGGAGGAAGACCUGAAGGGCUACCUGGACUGGAUCACCCAGGCUGAGGACAUUGACCCCGAGAAUGAGGAGGAAGGAGACGAGGAGGGCAAGCGUAACCGGGUCACGCUGGCUGACCUCACUGAGAAGAAGAAAGGAGUGUUUGGCUGGUUCACUCAGUCCACAGAGACACAGGCGAGCAUGCCCACUAGUGAGACAGAGUCGGUGAACACAGAGAAUCAAAAUGGAGAGGAAGACAAAUCAACGUGCUGUGGACCGCUAUGUCAAAAAAUUUCUAAGUCAAAGUGCAGUCGUCAUUGGCGGCGAUGGAACCGGUUUUGCCGCAGAAAGUGUCGCGCCGCUGUGAAAUCAGUGACGUUUUAUUGGCUGGUCAUCAUCUUGGUGUUCCUCAACACUCUAACCAUCGCCUCUGAACAUUACAACCAGCCAGACUGGCUGACCGAAGUUCAGGAUGUUGCCAACAAAGUUCUCCUGGCACUGUUCACUAUGGAGAUGCUGGUGAAGAUGUACAGUUUGGGGCUGCAGGCCUACUUUGUGUCCUUGUUUAACCGCUUUGACUGUUUUGUUGUGUGUGGAGGCAUCAUAGAGACCAUCCUGGUGGAGCUGGCCAUCAUGUCUCCUUUGGGCAUCUCUGUUUUCCGAUGUGUUCGCCUCCUUAGAAUCUUUAAAGUUACACGUCAUUGGGCAUCUCUCAGUAACCUGGUGGCCUCACUGCUCAACUCCAUGAAGUCUAUCGCCUCCCUGCUGCUGCUGCUCUUCCUCUUCAUCAUUAUUUUCUCCCUGCUCGGCAUGCAGCUCUUUGGGGGCAAAUUCAACUUUGAUGAGACUGUGACCAAGAGGAGCACGUUUGAUAAUUUCCCCCAGGCUCUGCUCACUGUGUUUCAGAUCUUGACAGGAGAAGACUGGAAUACAGUGAUGUAUGAUGGUAUCAUGGCGUAUGGUGGGCCGGCCUCCUCCGGAAUGGUGGUCUGCAUUUACUUCAUCAUCCUCUUCAUCUGUGGAAACUACAUUCUGCUAAAUGUCUUCUUGGCCAUCGCCGUUGACAACCUGGCAGACGCAGAGAGCCUCAACACAGCACAGAAGGAGGAGGAGGAGGCCAAGAAGAGGAAGAACAGCGCCAAGGAAGUUAGUUUGGAUAAGAAGAGAGCUGAAAUAACAGAAGCCAGUGAUGGAGACUCCAAGAUGCCGGCAGGUGUCACUUCAGAAGAAGACGAGUUGUAUCCUUCCAUCGAUUCUCCAGUGUGUGAUAAUGACCACGAUAACGUCAACCUCCCAGAAGUGCCAUCUGGACCCCGCCCCCAAAGGCUCUCUGAGCUCACUAUCAAAGAAAAGACUCCGCCCAUCCCAGAAGGAAGCGCCUUCUUCAUCUUCAGCAGCACCAACCCGUUUCGUGUUUUCUGCCAUAAGCUGAUCAACCAUCAGAUCUUUACCAACCUCAUCCUGGUCUUCAUCAUGCUCAGCUCCGUCUCUCUGGCUGCUGAGGACCCCAUACGCAACUUCUCUGCUCGCAAUAUUAUACUUGGUUAUUUUGACUAUGCUUUCACCGCAAUCUUUACUGUUGAGAUCCUGUUGAAGAUCCUAGGCUAUGCAGACUAUGUCUUCACUAGUAUGUUUACAUUUGAGAUCCUUAUUAAGAUGACUGCAUUUGGUGCAUUCCUUCAUAAAGGGGCGUUCUGUAGAAACUACUUCAACCUAUUAGACCUGCUGGUUGUUGGCGUGUCUCUUGUGUCCUUCGGCAUUCAGUCUUCUGCCAUCUCAGUUGUGAAGAUUCUGCGAGUUUUGAGAGUCCUCCGUCCACUCAGGGCCAUCAACAGAGCCAAGGGACUCAAGCACGUGGUCCAGUGUGUGUUUGUGGCGAUCAGGACCAUUGGCAACAUCAUGAUCGUCACCACUCUGCUGCAGUUCAUGUUCGCUUGUAUCGGCGUGCAGCUCUUUAAGGGGAAAUUUUAUCAAUGCACGGAUGAUGCAAAGACCAGCCCGGAGGAGUGCAAGGGUACAUACAUUCUCUACAACAACGGGGACACUGCUCUGCCCAUGGUGAGGGAGAGGAUCUGGUACAACAGUGACUUCAACUUUGACAAUGUCCUCAUGGCCAUGAUGGCUCUCUUUACCGUCUCCACCUUUGAAGGCUGGCCCACGCUGUUGUACAAGGCCAUCGACUCCAACAGAGAGAACAUGGGACCCAUCUACAACUACCGCGUCGAGAUCUCCAUCUUCUUCAUCAUCUACAUCAUCAUCAUCGCCUUCUUCAUGAUGAACAUCUUUGUUGGUUUCGUCAUUGUCACCUUCCAGGAGCAGGGUGAGAAGGAGUACAAAAACUGUGAGCUGGACAAGAACCAGCGUCAGUGUGUGGAAUAUGCUCUUAAAGCUCGUCCACUGCGGCGCUACAUCCCCAAAAACCCCUACCAGUACAAGUUCUGGUAUGUGGUCAACUCCACUGGCUUUGAGUACGUCAUGUUUGUCCUAAUCAUCCUCAACACCUUGUGUCUCGCCAUACAGCACCAUGGUCAGUCCCAUCUGUUUAACUAUGCCAUGGACAUCCUCAACAUGGUCUUCACUGGGGUUUUCACUGUGGAGAUGAUUCUCAAGCUCGUCGCCUUCAAACCCAGAGGUUAUGUCGGGGAUGCCUGGAACGUCUUCGACGCUCUGGUGGUGAUUGGCAGUGUAAUCGACAUCAUACUCAGCCAGAACUAUUUUGCUGAUGCAUGGAACACGUUUGAUGCCUUAAUUGUUGUGGGUAGCGUGGUUGACAUUGCCAUCACUGAGAUUAAUUCGGCAGCCCUUCCUGUCGUCAAGGUGAUAGUGGAGCCAGGGAACACAGAAGACAGCGCUCGCAUCUCCAUCACCUUCUUCCGCCUGUUCAGAGUAAUGCGAUUGGUCAAGCUGCUGAGCAGGGGGGAGGGCAUUAGGACUCUGCUGUGGACCUUCAUCAAGUCCUUCCAGGCUCUUCCCUAUGUUGCACUCCUGAUCGCCAUGUUGUUCUUUAUAUAUGCUGUCAUAGGAAUGCAGGUGUUUGGAAAAAUAGCUAUGGUGGAUGGAACACAAAUAAACCGCAACAACAAUUUUCAAACCUUUCCACAGGCUGUCCUGAUGCUGUUCAGGUGUGCCACAGGUGAGGCCUGGCAGGAGAUCAUGCUGGCCUGUCUGCCAGGGAAGCUGUGUGACUCAGAGUCUGACUACAACCCCGGAGAAGAGAGAACCUGUGGCAGUGGUUUUGCCAUUAUCUACUUCAUCAGCUUCUACAUGCUCUGUGCUUUUCUGAUCAUCAAUUUGUUCGUAGCUGUCAUCAUGGACAACUUUGACUAUCUAACGCGCGAUUGGUCCAUUCUGGGGCCACAUCAUCUGGAUGAGUUCAAAAGGAUCUGGUCUGAAUAUGAUCCUGAAGCCAAGGGGCGGAUAAAACAUCUUGACGUGGUGACUCUGCUGAGGAGGAUCCAGCCUCCUUUGGGCUUUGGCAAGCUCUGCCCACACAGAGUGGCCUGUAAGCGUCUGGUUGCAAUGAACAUGCCACUGAACAGUGAUGGGACGGUCAUGUUUAACGCCACUCUGUUUGCUCUGGUUCGCACAGCUCUCAAGAUUAAGACGGACGGUAACCUGGAACAAGCCAAUGAAGAGCUUAGAGCUGUGAUCAAGAAGAUCUGGAAGAGAACAAGCAUGAAGCUGCUGGACCAAGUGGUGCCCCCUGCAGGCGAUGACGAGGUAACAGUGGGGAAGUUCUAUGCCACCUUCCUGAUACAGGACUACUUCAGGAAGUUCAAGAGGCGCAAAGAGCAAGGACUUGUGGGAAAGCGCUCAUGGGAAAAGUUCAACACCACUAUGGCUCUACAAGCCGGCCUGCGCACGCUUCAUGACAUUGGACCAGAGAUACGUCGAGCCAUAUCAUGUGACCUGCAGGAGGAGGGGCUCGUAGAUGCUCCUGGGGAGGAGGAAGAAAUUUACCGGCGUAAUGGCGGUUUGUUUGGAAACCACGUCAACCAUGUCAGUGGCGGUCAACAAAGCUCCUCCCACCUGACCACCGUCACCCAACGCCCACUACAGAUCCUGACCUUCUCCAGUAGUUCCUCAGUUGGACAUGCUGAGACUUGCAGGAGCACCAAUGACAGGGGAGGAGAGACAGACAUGAACUCUUCACCCAUCCAGUAUAAUUAUCAUUAUCAUCCCACUCAUCUAAAUAAUUACCCUCACUCCAAUUCCACUUGCAAUCAAUCGCCAAUACCCUCCAAUGCCAACCUCAACAAUGCCAAUGUGCCCUCGCUUCUCUCCAUGACCAGUGGGAGGCAGCAAAAAUGUUUGUUAAGGCGAGAUCGCCCGUCCUCCACCAGAAAUGGAUCGUCAGCCUCCACUUACAGCAAAGGAGCACACAACAAGCCUUGGAAGUCGCACUCCACUAGAGCGCGCUACUAUGAGGCCUACAUCAGGUCAGAGAGUGGUGGUGGACUUUACCCCACCAUUCGUCGAGAGGAGCCGGCGGGUGGGGACAGUGAUGAUGAGCGAGGCUCAGGAGAGUACUUCAGCGGAGAGGAGUUUCAGGAGGGUGACAUCAUGCUCACGAGGGACAAACUAUCCAACAAGGAGCAACAAGAUGCAGAGGGAGACUGUGAUGUAGAGGUCUCUAGGGGCGAUCACCAGCCCGAAAGUUACUAUGACGACGAUCAGCAGCUGAUCUCCCAAGACAGCAGGCGGUCAAUGAGGAGAUGGUUUUUACCCUCACCUCAGCUCUCCAACAGACCAACAUUUAGAUUUGAGUGUCUUCGCAGAAGAAGUAAUCAGAAUGAUGCUCCUCCCUCUCCGUCCUGCACAACUCUUCCACUACACCUGGUGCAGCAACAGGUGAUGGCAGUGGCCGGUCUUGAUGCCAACAGAAUUCACCGUCCGUCUCCGACGAGGUCGUUGCGCUCUUGGGCCACGCCUCCUGCCUCUCCCAUCAGCAAUGACUGCUCGCCAAGCUACACACCGCUCAUACAGGUGGACUGGCGCAGUUCCGGCAGUGUCAGCAGCCUCCCUGGAGCAGUCAAGAGGAGUUCAUGGUAUACAGACGGCACAGAAGGCCCUCCGACCUGCAGCCACUCUUCAUCACGUCUGCAUUUACCUGCAGAGAGCUGCUCACACGUCCUGCAGAAGAGAGGCAGUGCCAAUAGUCUGGUGGAAGCUGUGUUGAUCUCUGAGGGUCUGGGGAAAUAUGCCAGAGACCCCAAAUUUGUCUCGGUGACCAAACACGAGAUUGCAGACGCAUGCGAGAUGACCAUCGAUGAGAUGGAGAGCGCUGCCAGUAAUCUCCUGAAUGGGAGCAUGAGUAAUGACACCAAUGGUGGAACAGGGAACGUCAGCUUGGACCCACAAGCCACUACGCUUCUUAGAGACCGUAGUAUCCGUGACUACAGUGAUGAGGAGCCGUACGUGGCAGUGAAAUGUGACGAGGAUUUAACAGAUGAGAUGAUAUGCAUCACAUCACUAUAGCACCAGCUCACAUGGGCUCAUUUACUUUUCAAAUGAACUGUUCUACAUUGAGGGGAUAUUUGUGGUUGAGAGCAUCCUUGGAUAGAUAGGAAAAAAGUAAACCAUGGAUUGAUGACAAGAGAACAAAGUGCCUUGUUUUCUCUUUCUAGGGAGUGAGAUAGGAGCUGGAAAAUCUGAGAUUCAUUACGAGAAUAUAGAAACCAGAGGGAACUGCCCCGUCUGCUAGACUUCCUGUUAAACAACAGGAAUUCAACUUGUUGUUGUGGAUACAGCAGAAUAAACUGGCAGUCUGGCAAAGCCAGCCCCAGUUUGUGAAGUUCAUUUCCGUGUCCAAAACUGUGGCGAGUUGAGGUAAAACCAGAACUGGAGUUAAAUUGAGUUGUUUCAGUUUGAGGUUGUCUGCAUCCAUGCAGUGUUCAGUUAACAAUGUUCAGGAAUGUUGCUAUUGCGCUGUCUUGAAAAUACACAGAUAAGCCAUGAGUCCCACACAUUAAGAACAUUUCACAACACUUCCAGAGAAGUUUGUGUUAAAUGUUUCCGUCAUUGGGUUUAAUCAGAAACACAUUUUACAGGAGAAAAGGGGAUUUUUUUUUUCCCACAACACUCACUCCAGUUUUAAUGACCUGUCAUGUGUGAGCUGGCUUUGUAUAGCUGUGUUUAUUCUGCUCCAAAAUGUCUCCAAUGAUCCUUUGUAGUUUCUUGUCAUGUAUACUGUACAUGUAUAUUAUAUGUAAUUCUAAUCUUUUACUGCUCAUAAGGCCAGAGAACAUUUUCCUCUAUUCUUCACAGCAAAACAUCACAAGAGGUUUGUUUCGACUCAUCUCAGUGCACGGGCUCACGGGCUGCACUGGGUUCACAGUUUUCAGGGUUUCAAGGUUUCAGGGUUCAGCGUUGACUUGAAAAGGAAAUCACAUAUCAAUGAAAAAGACUCUGUCCUCAGGCAUAUCCUCCUGUUUCACUGUUUCUGCUCAUAUGACAGAGAAACGUACAGCGAGUCGUCCUUUUUGCCCUUUACACCCCUUACACGCUUUGAAUUAGUUUCACACAAGUACCACAUGAUAAGUGAAGAUGUUGUUUCCAUGUUGUAAACUUUACUUUUUUAACCUUUAAUGAAGCCCCAUAUUACAGUGGGACUCGCUCAGAAUAUGCAGUGAUUCAGUUUACUCACACCUGCCUCAGUUCAGUUGAAAGGUCAUGGGGAAAAAAAACAGAUGAUGCAGAGAUUCCUCCCUCAUAGCUGAAGCACAACAUUAUUGUCCUCAGUCACGGUUCACUGCCUUCACAGCUGGAGAGCUCUGCUUCGCUUUGCUUACUUCAUUUGGCUGGUUUCGACUGCUGCAGUGAUAUUUCUCUCAGGAACAUGAGGUUUUUGUUUCAGAGUCAAAUGAAGUAAAACACCUCAUCUGACACAUGGAACACCACAAGAGGAAGCAUUCGAUUUUUUUGUGUCCCCCCCAAAUAUAAAUGCAGAAAAUGGUUGUUGGUUGUACAUAGAGUAACUUUAGAGGGGAAAUAAUUGAUGGUAGCGGUCACCUUUUUUUUUUUUGUAGGAUUUAUGUCAGUGCACGCUGUGUCUGAAACAGCUGAUGGUGAACUACACAAGCUGCUUAGAAAUAGAAACACUGAAGAGGGGUAACAUUUUGCACGUACUAUUCUGCAUCAUACUAUCAGCUCCAUCACUAACCAGUGUUUGUCUAUCACUGCCAACUACAACAAUGUCUUCAGGUCAACUUUGAAAAGACAACAACACUGGGGUUGUGGCUGAAACAUCGUGCUUUUCUUUUCCUUUUAACUUAAGUCUAAAUAGUGUCGUCAGGGCAACACGUUCAGUCUGUGCAAGCAAAGGGCUUCUUCUCAUAUAAAACCAAACCAGGGGAAUAUUGAGCACCUCAAUAUUCAUAUGUUACACUUGGGCAGACAUGGAAAAGGGUCUGAACAUGAUUCAUCGAUUUCAUUGGCCAACAUAGGUGAUAGAAAUGACAUUUUCAUUUUUAAAAUGAUGUUUCAUUCAUAAAUUUAUUAAUUAAUUAAUUAAUUAAUUAAUUAAUUAAUUAAUUAAUUAAUUAAUUAAUUAAUUAAUUGUUAGUACCUAUACAGGUGUGUCAGUUAAUGUGUCACAGGGAAUCUGUUUGACAAUGGCUGAAUUUGCACAAAAUGAACAGAAGAAAGAAACAUUACACAGAGUAAUAUUCUAAAUUACACCUGUUUAAAGAUCUUCAAAGACAGGAGAGUCAUCUCAGUGUUUGAGAGACUGGAAUGUGUUGCACUGAAGUGUGACCAGCGCCAGGAACAUGUCACACAAAUGACACGCAGAAUCCUUUGUCCACAUCAUUUAAAUGUCUUCAUUUUGUGAAAAUACAGCCUAUAAAUUAUGCUAAAUUGACUAUUAAAGAUAUAGUAAUUAAAACUCUAAAAGCCAUAGAUUAUACUUGCUGUGAGCAGAAUUUUGUGAGCACAGUCACUAAUUACUGGAUCAAUGCCAUAUGUUUUGUAAAAAAAACACAACAAUAUACACUUUUAAUGCCAUCGUUAGUUGGUUUUACAACCAUAAGUCUUUUAAUAAAGUCAGAAUUUCUAGGCUAAUUCUUUGUACAGUUCAGAUGUUGUUUACUUAGUGAAUUGCAAAUAAACCUGAUGGCUCGCAACAUGUCAGCACAGACACCAGAGAAGAAUCUGCUGUUUAAUCACAGGACAAUUAUUUAAAUGUUUUAUCAAAGAAGUGUAGUGUCAAAAAACACAAAACCUUUGUUGUGCAACUGACAGCUUUAUUUUUUUUGUACUGUUCGACGAUGAAAUGGCGUAAACAAAUUUGUACAGUGUUUGUAAAAAGUGAUGAACUUGAAAAUUUCUGCUUUCUACCUAUUUGUUGUACGACAAUGAAAAUAAAAACACAGCUCCGUCUACUCUGUAGCACAAGUACUAGAACCUUUGACAUUUUGUAUCGAUUAAAACAGAAACCCAGUUUUGUACAUUUGAAUCUCACCAAACAAUGGACCUUGUUCGUUAAGGAUUUUUGUAAGGACCAAAAAUAAAGUUACGAGACAAAGUCG